AUGGCUGACGAUGAAGAUAUGCCGCCCCUGUUGGGAGCAGCUUCACUCUUAGAUGAAGAGGCUCUUGCUAGUAUAGUUACUGAAGUACUGGACCUUUCGCAAUUACCAAUUGGCAGUGCUAGACCUGUUGGGGAUGGCUCUGAAGGUGGCAACGAAUUCGAGCCAGAACAAUCCCAACAGCAACCGAAUGACUCCCAGGUCUCAACACAAACCACUGCCACAGCCAAGAAGAGGAGAGAGAGGUUUGCAUACAAGGGGAAGAGUUUCAAAGCCAGCAGUGACCUGUUCUUGAAUACAAUUCACAAGGAAGCCUUUGUCGCCAAGUAUCCUGAUGAUGUAGAGAUCGUCGGAACAGUCAUUCAGUGUCCCUACAAUUCGAAUGGAAUGAACUAUGGCUUCAAGUGGAGCACACAUGGAACUGAUGUGGACAGUACAUGGACCUUGCCGCAACUGAAAAGCAACGCAGAGUUGAAAGCCAAAUUGAAGUCACUCAUUGUAGCCUACGAGGAAGAGCAAAACCUGUUGAACGGCACCCAAGAAACCACUCCCGCGGACCAAUCCACGCAAGAGCAAGAGCCAUCUGGAUCAAGACGUGAAACAAGUAAAGGAAGGAAGAAACAGAAUGAUGGAGGCAAUAAUCAAACACCCCAAUCAGCUGAACCAACGGAAGAAGAACGUGCAAGGGCUUACGCAGCGCUGAAAACCGCAUGCAGUGGCGGCGGGACCAACCCAAGGCAGAGCGGCAAAGAAAGAAGAAGAUCAAGACGAAUAGAUGGCAAUGAGGAUGAGGACUCUGAAACUGACGAUGGAGCUGAAUUGAAUGAAUACGAUGAUUCAUUUGCUGCUGCAAUGGAUGACAAUGUGAAUAGUGAUGAUUCCGGCAAUGAAUACGAGAACCAAGCUACCGAUGCCACAAGUAGCCCACAGGAAAACUCUUUUGGGAAGUUCGUGCAACAGCUUCUCUGGAAAUUUGAGGAGGUUGAAUCUGGCAAGGUUCCCUAUGAAGAGAGCAAGCCAUUAUUACAAGGAACAGAUGCCGAAACAACUCUCAGAAGGGUUAUAAGUGAUCGCUGGACCACACCGUUAGGAUGCUUCCAACACCUUGGAUGCAGUAGGCAAUUCGUUGCGCUACUGGCUCAACACUCCAAUGACUAUGCCAAGAAGAGUAUCUUUGCAGACAGUGGUCCAAACAGAAGACUGCAUGGGGCUGUCUGGAAAGAUAUUACAACUAAAGAGAUGCAUGUCUUUCUUGGAAUCAUGUUGAAGAUUUCGCUUAUGCCCAUUGAUAUGGGAGGCUACCCAGCCUACUUUCGCGAAAGGGAUAAGUGCAUCAAUUACAGCAAGAAGGAAAGGCCUAUGCGCAUCAAGAACACCAAAGGCUGGGCUCAGGAAUACAUGACAUUGAUUCGCUUCAAGCAGAUAAGAAGCGCUUUCCAUCCAGAGUGCAAAUCCAUGGCUGGCGAAGGAGGUGACAAGUGUUAUCAGCUGAGACGAUGUAUAAACACGGUGAACCUUGCUUCUAAGUCUACUUUCCACGCUGGCUGUUGGUGCUCUUUCGAUGAAGGAGGAGUGGCAUGUCGCUCCCGAUUUUGUCCCUGCAGGCAAUACAACAAAGACAAACCAGACAAGUUUCGAGUUGACUUCUUUAUCCUUGCUUGUUCCAAGACAUAUGCCAUCUUGCACUUAGACGUUUACCAGGGAAGGAACGCUGCUAAUAUAAGUAUCGAUCCAUCCAUCCAAGACCUUCCUACAACACAGAAGGCAACCAUGAAUGCCGUGAUGUCAGCUUUUGGUACCGAAACAAGAGGGGCAAGACAUCUGGCUCUGGACAAUCGAUAUCAGUGCCCACAGCUGGCCGUACUGUUGUUGACUAAGUGCAAUAUCUACUCAACCGGCACCUGCCGUAGAAGAAGAGUAGGAUGGGACAAAGACAUUAUGGAUUUAGAGAAGAGUGAUGGUCGCGGAAGCUACAAGAUUUCCGUAGACAAACAGAAUAGAUUGCUGGAGAUGCAGUGGGUCGAUAACAAGGUGGUGUCAAUGGUCACAAGCAGAAAUGAUACCAGCAUCGGAAAGGUAAAAAGGCAGAUUGGAUCAAUCAAGAAAACAUUGGAUUGUCCCAAAGCCAUUAUAGGCUACCAAACCACGAUGUUUGGCAUCGACAAGGGUGACCAAAUAAGAGAUCACUUUGGUGGUUUCUCCACCAAAGCGCACUUCAAAAAGUGGUACAAGAAAAUCUUCCUUGCCCUUUUGGAUUGUAUGUUAUUGAAUGGACUCGUCGCCUGGAACUUGUCAGUGGAUGAAGACAGAUUGAAGAUUCGGAACAAACUCAAGCGGCACGAGUUCAUGAUGAUGGUGGCAGAGUCGUUGCUCGAGUAA